AUGUAUGCGAGUUAUCUCGUCGACCAAAAGGUGUGCCAAGCCCUUAAAGAUGUAGUUGAUUCAGAUGUGGCUGGAUGGGGUGAGACUCACAGUCGCGCAACUAAGGACAUGACGGAACAACUUCCGAAACCCCAGCCCCAGACUCCCCAGAAGACCCUCCUGGCUUUAAGGGUAUUAAUCCUAGGUAUAGUUAAUAAUCUUUAA